AUGAAAAACGAUAUUUCUGAAUUAUCUUACAAGAAAUUGAGAAGUAGUGAUGGCAAUUUACCAAUGGCAUAUGCUCUGCCAAAAAUACAUAAAGAGGGGACACCUUUUAGAAUAAUAAUCUCAUCCCUUGAUAGUCCGCUGUAUUCGUUGGCUUCAUUCUUGCAUGAAGUUAUAUCAAAAAACAUAGACAGUCUAUUCAGUAAAAUAGAAAACAGUGUUCAAUUAGUGAAGAAAUUAAAAGGCACUCAAGUUAAAAAGAAUUUUUCUCUGAUAUCGUUGGAUGUUGUUUCAUUGUUUACUAAUGUCCCGAUUGAGUUGGCUAUUAAGAGUAUUGAAAAGAGAUGGAAUAAGAUUAAGAACGGAAUUAGUAUGCCGAAGGUUGAGUUUCUAAGGGCGUUGACCUUUGUUUUGGACUCUACCUUCUUCGUAUUUAAUGAACAAUAUUACCAGCAGAAAUUUGGUGCUCCCAUGGGGUCACCCCUGUCUCCAAUUAUUGCUGAUAUAGUGAUGCAGGAUUUGGAGACGGAGGCCUUGGAUAUCUUGGGAGUUCCACUUCCAUUUUAUUUUAGAUAUGUGGACGAUAUUUUGACGGCAGUUCCAAUAGAUUCAAUUGAUCAUGUCUUGACAGUGUUUAACUCGUUCCAUGAGAGGUUACAGUUCACAUUAGAAAAUGGAGGUGACAAGAUCAAUUUUUUAGAUUUGACAUUAAUCAAAAAUAAAGAUAGAUUAGAGAUGGACUGGUAUCACAAACCUACUUUUUCGGGACGAUAUCUUAACUUUUUGUCUGCACACCCAUUAUCACAAAAAAGAGGACAGACUGGGAGGAAACUGAAUACCAGAAUUAACGAACAUCGUAACUCCAUUAACUGGAAAACAAAUACUCAGUCUGUCAUUACUAAUCACAGAUUAGAGGUGAAUCAUGAAUUUGAUUGGGAGAAUAUCCAAAUUUUGGAUAAGGAAAGAAAUCUAAGCAAAAGGCUAAUUUCUGAAAAAGCGCACAUUCUUAUGCAAAAAAAUGGUUUAAAUUUAAGAUCUGAUACCGAUGGGUUACAUCAUACUUAUACGACAAUGCUAAAUGAAUUGACCAAUUAA